AUGAUCAUACUUAACAAGAGCGAUGGGUUUUUAUUAAUGGAAUUUCACUAUUCUCCAGUGAUUAAAACAACAUUUUUUUUCCUUCUUCUGAAUGCCUACUCCAUCACUGUGAUUGGAAACAUUGUCAUCAUUUCAACAAAUAAACAACUACAUAAACCAAUGUAUUUUUUCCUCAUUAAUUUGUCAUGCUUAGAUCUAUUGGUAACGGGUGCAAUCACACCCAAGUUCCUGUCUCUUCUGGUGAACGGAAGUAGAAUCAUCAGUUAUGUGGGCUGCAUGAUACAAUGUUACAGCUUCUUCUUCUUGGGUUCGACUCAGAUACUGAUUCUAACAGUCAUGUCUUUUGACAGGUAUAUGGCUAUAUGCCACCCUUUACGUUACACGGCUGUGUUAAGCCCCACACUCUGCCUAUUUCUAGCUUUGGGUGCUUGGGCAUGUGCUUUUCUGGACACCAUAGCCCCAACUGUACUAGUUGUUCAGCUUACCUUCUGUGGUUUGAGAAUUGACCAUUUUUUUUGUGAUGUAGAACAGCUUGUAGAAAUGGCCUGCACAGACACCAAACAUAUACGUGUUUUAAAUUUUAUGGUUUCUGCAGUGAUUGUGUUUGGAUCACUUAUACUGAUUUUUGCAUCUUAUGUAAAUAUAAUAAUUGCAGUAUUAAAGAUACCCUCAUCAGGUGGGCGAUGGAAGACCUUUGCAACAUGUUCCUCUCACCUCUUAAUUGUGUUUAUACACUAUAUUGGCACAGUGUUUAUGAGCUUACGGUCUAUUAAAAACUCCUCUAUAGAUUUUGACAAAUUGGCUAUAAUCUUGCAUUCAGUAUUGACUCCGCUCUUCAAUCCAUUCAUCUACACUCUGAGAAAUCAAGAGGUAAAACAUGCUGUGAAGAGUUUCUUCAAAUGUGGAGACAAAUAUAUAGUCAAAAGACCUGGGAAGUAA